UCUGUAUUGGGAUUUAACAAAUUUUCUUUUGUCAUAAAGUUAGCAUUAAACUAUUGAUUUUCUUGGACUUCAAAUUUGAGAAAUUUAUUAACUAAUUUAUUCUUGAAACAAUAUACUUAGUUCUGUUUCUUGUGCAAUUGAUGAUGUAUAUAUAACGAUAUGAAAAUAAACGCAUAUUAUAGAAGUCGUUCGUAAAAUAUUAGCUGUUCCUAGAUGUUUACAUUUGAAGAGGCAGCAAUUUGAGUAUUGAUAAAUUGGUCAUAAUCUUAAGUGUAACUUCUUAUACAUAUUGAUAUUCUACGAUAUGCAUUUACAAAUGUUUCAUCGCCUCAAGGUUCCAACAAAUAUGAGUUGUGCAAAGAUCAACUCAAGAAUCAGAUGUGACCAGCACUAACUUAGAAAGGAUAGCCCACACUUUACAACUAACGGAGAUGAAUUUAUCAAAAUACUCUCUAACAUCUAUGUUGUGGCUACCAGAUAUAAAUCCUAACAAAUGUAGGCCAGGAGCAAGACUACCUAUGGCCGCCAAAUAGUGCUUCAUUAUUGAAACAGAAGAAGAAAAUUGUAGUUAGGGAGAUGAAAUAUAUUAACAAUUAUUUUUAGCAAUAAAAGACAAAAUGACAACCUGCCAUUUAGAAAGAAAAAGGUUUUAUUGUCGUGAGUGGGCGUUUGUUAAGCUUUCUCACUGCCUGGAUCAGAGGGGAAGUUGUAAAACGACUGGAGCAGUAAUCGUCGGAGGCCCGGGGUCCGGCAAGACUGCAUUGUGCUGUGAGAUUGUCUGGCCAGGAAGUGGACAAAGUGCUAGGCCUCAGAGAUGCCUCAAUAAGAGGCUCUUGGCCUAUCAUUUCUGCCAAGCCCAUGACGUCAAGACAUUAUCAGUUACCGAUUUCAUUAUUAGCAUUGCUGAACAGCUGUCACAAAAACUGGCACCCAUAGCCGAAGAGUUUAGUGAAAGAUUAAAGUCUGAAUCGGAAGUAGUUAGUGCGCUUCAACGAGAUAAUAUAAUCAAAAGUCCAGAUGACAGUUUUCGCAAAGGUAUCAUAGUUCCUCUUGCGGAGAUAAAACCUCCGCCUUCUCAGUGUUAUUUUAUGCUCGUGGAUUCUGUUGAUGAAUCCCAUAUAUCUGGGACAAAGUUUGAAAAGAAAAGUAGUAAUGGUCCUAGCCGAACGAUCGGAGAACUUUUGGCCAACAACCACCAUUUGUUUCCUCCAUGGUUCCUGCUGGUUUUGACGGCUCGCCGACAAAGCAAAACAAUCGCUAAAACCUUCUCUGGGUUUCGCAAAAUCAGUUUGGAUGACCUCAGAAAAUCUCAGGUGGUGAGAGAUGUACAACAAUACAUCUUAUCGAGACUGGAGUGGGAGGAAUCAUUGAGGCAGCAUAUGUGCAGAGGUACAGCGGAGACACUGAAUCAGUUGCACAUCAAGAGUAACGGUUGCUUCCUCUAUCUAGAGAGGGUGCUCGAUGGUGUGGCCGAAGGCUGCAUUGUCUUGCGCGAAGUCCGAGACAUUCCUGGCACUCUCAACGGUCUGUACUUGUGGCUCUGCCAGCGACUAUUGAGCAACAAACACUUUUCUAAGGUUCGACCUCUACUCAACAUCGUGCUCGCCUCUGAGAGGCCGCUGAGCGAAGAGCAGGUGUGUCAGUGUUUGCUAGUGUCACAGCCGACCCUCAGCAGCGAGGAGCUACGACGCAGGUGUCAAGUGCUGCGUAGAGUCUUGUGUCUGGCUCGGGAUGAGACGCUACGACCGUUCCAUCACUCGUUUGCCGAGUGGUUGUGUGAUGUCAAACAUUGCACUCAGAGAUUUCUUUGUUCUCCGGCCAGUGGACACGCUAUGCUCGCCAUGCAACUAACUCUAAGAGGACCAAGUCUAUCGGCUGAGGAGGUAGAAAGCCUCGCGUUACAUCUGAGUUGUCUACCACAUCAUACUGCGCUGUCACCGUUGCUGCCUGUGUGGCUGUUGGACUGCGGAGUCAGGCUUGACCAGAUGAACGUCCUCUGCUGUGAUCCUCGCUCUGCUAAACUCAUAGAUGAAGCAAACUCCUGUUCUCACACUCCUCAGGAAAGCGAAGGUAGUUGCUCGUCCCCCCAGGCAGAGUUGGUUUGCAAGAGUCCGAUGGAGAGAGAUCUGCACACUCUGGCGGCUGAGAACAACCACCAGAUGCUGGAGACGCUGUUGACGGAAGGAGAGACAAGAGUGGACAUCGAAGAGACUGACAAACAUGACCAGACGCCGCUCAACCUGGCUGCACGUCUUGGCCAUCACCAAGUAGUUAAGGUGUUGCUGAGUGCAGGUGCUAACGUAGACCAUCCUGAUGCUGACGGAUGGACCCCUCUUAGAGCGGCAGCAUGGGGCGGACAUACUCAGGUGGUAGAGAUUUUAUUGGAAGCUGGAGCCAAUGUAGAUUAUUGCGACGCAGACCAAAGAACCGCUUUAAGAGCUGCAGCGUGGGGCGGCCAUGACGAAAUUGUCACUCUUCUGCUUAAAGCUGGUGCCGAUGUGAACAAGACGGACUGUGAGGGUAGAACAGCAUUGAUAGCUGCAGCGUACAUGGGUCACUCUGACAUCGUAGAGACAUUGCUAGAGUACAACGCUGAUAUCAACCAUGAUGACAACGACGGUCGCACAGCUCUGAGUGUAGCAGCAUUGUGUGUCCCCAUCAGCGAAGGCUAUACUAAGGUGGUAAACAUCUUGUUGGAGCGAGGGGCAGACGUAGAUCAUGAAGACAAGGAAGGCAUGACUCCACUUUUAGUAGCGGCUUUUGAAGGUCACAGUGACAUCUGUGAGCUACUACUGGAGGCUGAGGCUGAUGUAGAUCACUGUGACAGUUCUGGCCGCUCUCCACUGUGGGUAGCUGCCUCCAUGGGACACACCGAUGUGGUCACUUUACUGUUGUUCUGGGGCUGUACUGUGGAUACCAUUGACAUUGAGGGCCGCACUGUGCUUAGUGUUGCCUCGGCCCAGGGAAAUACCAGUGUCGUCAACCAACUUCUUCACAGAGGUCUAGACGAGCAGCAUAGAGACAACUCCGGUUGGACGCCGUUGCACUACGCUUGUCUAGAAGGUCACACGGAGGUAGUGGCUGCACUGAUCGAAGGAGGGGCACAAGUCGACCAGACGGACAAUGACUCUAGAGCACCCCUACUGCUAGCAGCACAGGAGGGCCAUACUCAACUAGUGUUGGAACUGCUGCAGACAUACGGCGCUCUAGUGGACCAACGGGCACUCGAUGGUACCACGGCGUUCAGGUUGGCAGCUCUCCAAGGCCACCAGGAGGUUGUGAGGAUCCUACUAGAGCACGGAGCAGAUGUGAACGCACAAGACGCCGACUCCAGAACAACACUGUACAUCCUGGCACUGGAGAACAGGGUAGCCAUGGCCAAGUUCCUCAUAGACCCAGGGGGAGCGGAUGUAGAGGCGAGAGACUCUGAGGGCCGCACAGCACUUCACGUAAGCGCAUGGCAAGGACACAGAGAGAUGGUCUCCUUACUGCUAAGUCACGGACACGCAGACGUCAACGCUACAGACAACGAGCGCAGAACUGCUUUACACAGCGCAGCCUGGCAAGGACAUUACCACAUUGUUCAGAUACUGCUGGAGCACAACGCAGAACCCGACCACACUUGUAACCAGGGAGCUACUCCUCUCGGUAUCGCCGCACAAGAAGGCCAUGAGGAAUGUGUCAGGCUGCUGUUAGCUGUUGGAGCAAAUCCCAACCACUCUGACCAUUGUGGUAGAAACGCUCUCAAAGUGGCAGCUAAGAGUGGUCAUCAAGGAGUCGUCAGACUACUGGAGCAAGCUCAAGUCAAUGCUGGUCUGGGUCUGGGAGCUGUAGCCCCGCCACUCAUCUGUCCCAGUGCCCCGCCAUCUUGCUCACCAGAGUCCACCACCAAGCGGAGGUCUAUUGUGUCCAGUGAUAGCAGCAACCUCACCAACAGCACCAAGAGCUCUCUCAAAGAACAGUCUCAGCAGUCAUUUACGCACCAGCUAGAGAGAUGUUCGCGCAAGUCUCGUAUUCUGAGUCCUCUUCAGUCUCAACCUCCUAGUCCAAUCUACGCUUCACCUCCGGCCAGUCCUCCUAAUCCUUGCCAUGAUCAUUUCUCGAGGGACACGCACAUGAGGAUAAUAUUGGGCAGCUGCAAGGCUUCUCCGACACGGCCUGUGGCCGCUAGCAAGCCUAAGCGCAACGGCAUUGUGACCAAUCCUGCGCUUCGGAUCGUUCCAGCAAUCAAGAAUGGCCUAGAACUCGCUGCUGGCCGCAAAAUAAACAACGCUACAACCACAAACAGCUUUCAAUGGCGGAAGGAAACUCCAUUAUAG